AUGUUAACGCUACCAUUUGAUGAGUCUGUUGUAGUGCCAGAGUCCCAGAUGUGCCGAAAGUUUUCCAGAGAAAGUGAGGACCCGAAGCAAAUCAAGAAACCCGAAAGCUUUGCAAAGCAGAUUGCGCACCAAGGGAAAAGCAUCAAACGGUCGACAGCGGAAGAUACAGAGAAAGAGGAGGUGGAAGAUGACCGAGAGGAGGAAGACGAAAACGGUUUGCCCAGGAGGAGGGGCCUCCGGAAAAAAAAGACCACCAAGAUGAGAAUCGAAAGGGUCAAAUUCAGGAGACAGGAAGCCAAUGCCAGAGAAAGGAACCGAAUGCACGGUCUCAACGAUGCGCUGGACAGCUUAAGGAAAGUGGUCCCUUGUUACUCCAAGACGCAAAAACUGUCUAAAAUAGAAACUUUGAGGCUGGCUAAAAAUUACAUCUGGGCUCUCUCCGAAAUCUUACGGAUUGGCAAGAGGCCUGACCUGCUGACGUUUGUCCAGAACUUGUGCAAAGGUCUCUCUCAGCCCACCACAAACUUGGUCGCAGGAUGCCUACAACUCAACGCCAGAAGUUUCUUGAUGGGUCAGAGCGGGGAGGUGGCCCACCACGGCCGAUCUCCCUAUUCCACUUUCUAUCCCCCCUACCACAGCCCAGAGCUGAGCACACCCCCAGGUCACGGGACCCUCGACAAUUCCAAGACCAUGAAACCCUACAAUUAUUGCGGUGCUUACGAGUCCUUCUACGAGAGCACUUCUCCCGAAUGCUCCAGCCCCCAGUUCGAAGGUCCCUUAAGUCCUUCCCCAAUUAACUAUAAUGGGAUAUUUUCCCUCAAGCAAGAAGCAGCUUUGGACUAUGACAAAAACUACAAUUACGGCAUGCAUUAUUGUGCUGUGCCACCCAGGGGUCCCCUUGGGCAGAGUUCUGUGUUCAGGUUGCCUGCAGAGAGCCACUUCCCUUACGACCUACAUCUGCGCAGCCAGUCUCUCACCAUGCAAGACGAAUUAAAUGCAGUUUUUCAUAAUUAA